AUGGUUAAGACCGCCCUUCUCCCUCUUGCUCUUCUUGCUGCACUGGCUCCCUUUGCUACUGCAAGGAACUGUAAGACUGGGCUGAACUAUUGUGGUUGGAACCUCUUAAACAUUGGUAACUACGGGGCCCAGGUUAAUGGCGCCCUUGAGGCUUCUGGCCAGCCCACUGAUGAUGGCCAUAUCCGUGAAUCCCUCUUCCACUGCAAUGGUGGUGACAAUGGUGAUAUCUCCUUCAUCACCUACUGCGGUGGUGGCUGCAGAGAUGGCGGCAAUGACCGCAGCGACUACUGCUAG